UUAAUUAUUGCCAGAGGUUCUGGUUUAUCAAGUCACCUUGUUUCAUUUCAAGAGAAAGGUUUUGUUUGCUUUUUUUCUUUUUAAAGUCUGCAUUGUAUGUAUAGUCUACCUUUCCUCCAAGGAGCUGAGGGACCACCUAGAGUCAUUCAGUUCCCCACUAUAUACUUAUCACAACCUGCAAGGCCAGUUUGGGUGAGAGUCUGGCUCUUGGGCUCAACCAGCAGGUUCAGAGGAGUAAAAGGGACUGGAGAUGCUGUCCAUACAUUUCUUUUUAAUUAGAGCACCACACUGGUUCUCCUCAUAGACACUGAUAAUAUUUGCACACGUAUUUACACAGAAUUUGGUAGUUGCUUCAGUAGCAGCUGCAGUUGUAGCUUUUUUUUUUUAUAAGGGGGUAGAGUUCCUGACAAAAUUGGACAUGCAUUGUACAGUAUUCCAUAAGGCAGCCUCCCGCAUGCCAUGUUUGAACAUGCAUAGAGUUGGUUGCAGGUGUCUGUAGUUUCUUUGUGUCUCUUAAGGUUCUGUCUUGGGAUGGUUGUAUUGAGAAAGUAUCUCUCUCAGCUAUGUUCCCUUGAUGAAGCAAUCUUCUGUCGCCACAGCUUCCUUGAUGCUAUCUUAGUUAACAAUGGCAAAGCCACCAAGCAAAGAUCCUGGGCUAAAGGAGAAGUUUAAGAGCCUCUUAGGACUGUCAUCCAGGCCCAAUUCUAAGUCAUCUGAAGGAAAACAGACAGAAUUCAUCAUCACUGCAGAAAUCCUCAAGGAACUGAGCGUAGAAUGUGGCUUAAACAAUCGGAUAAAAGCAAUUGGUCAAAUCUGUGAGGUAGCAAAAACUAAAAAAUUUGAAGAGCAUGCAGUGGAAGCUAUUUGGAAAGUGGUAGCUGAUAUGCUGCAGCCAGAUCGACCAGCCGAGGCCCGGCACGCUGUCCUCCAUCUGUUGAAGGCAAUUAUUCAGGGACAAGGUGAAAGGCUGGGGAUUCUCCGAGCUCAUUUUUUCAGAGUGAUUAAAGAUUAUCCAUCUAACGAAGACCUGCAUGAACGGCUUGAAGUAUUCAAGGCACUGACAGAUAAUGGAAAAUACAUAACGUACUUGGAAGAGGAACUAGCUGAAUUUGUUCUUCAGUGGAUGAAAGUUGGUUUGACUUCAGAGUUUCUCUUGGUGUUGAUCAACCUAGUCAAAUUCAACGGCUGUUACUUGGAUGACUACAUUGCUGGCAUGGUCUACAUGAUUUGCGCCUUAUGCAUUCAGACCUCUUCUGCAGUUGACAUUAAGGUUUCCCUGCAAGUUUUGGAUGCUGUGGUGUGUUACAAUUGCUUGCCUUCUGAAAUCCUCCCAAUGUUUAUCAUCACCUUGUGCUGGACCAUCAAUGUGAAGGAGCUCUGUGAGCCCUGCUGGGAGCUCAUGCGGAAACUGUUGGGAACUCACCUGGGUCAUAGUGCCAUUUAUAACAUGUGUCGGAUCAUGGAGGACAGGACCUACAUGGCGGAUGCAGUCCUCCUGAGAGGGGCUGUCUUCUUUGUGGGGAUGGCCUUGUGGGGUGCACACAGACUACAGACUCUCAAAAAUUCACCAACAUCUGUGCUGCCCUCUUUCCUGAAGGCCAUGACAGCUCCCAAUGCCAUCGUGUCUUAUGAAAUCGUCCUCUCCAUAACAAGGCUGAUCAAAAAAUUUGGCAAGGAACUUCAGGCAGUCACCUGGGACGUCCUUCUGGAUAUCAUGCAGCGGCUGGUUGAGCAGCUGCAGGCUUUGGAAAGCCAGGAGUUGAAAUCCAUUGUUCAUGAUUUGCUGACUACAGUUGAGGAACUCUGUGACCAGAACGACUUCCAUGGCUCCAAAGAACGAUACUUUGAACUUGUGGAGAGAUGUGCUGACCAAAGGCCUGAAUCUUCAGUUCUGAACCUCAUAACGUACCGAGCUCAGUCCAUCCACCCUGCGAAGGACAGCUGGAUCCAAAACCUCCAGGUGCUGAUGGAGAGGUUCUUCAGAAAUGAGAGUCGGAGUGCUGUUCGCAUAAAGGUUUUGCACGUCCUGUCCUUUGUGCUGAGUGUCAAUAGGCAGCUUUAUGAGGAGGAAUUGAUUAAUCUGGUCAUCUCCCAGCUAUCUCACAUCCCAGAAGAUAAAGACCAUCAAGUCCGCAAACUGGCCACCCAGUUGCUGGUGGACUUGGCCGAGGGUUGCAAUACCCAUCACUUUAACAGCUUGCUGGAUAUCAUCGAGAAGGUUGCUUCCCGUUCCUUGCUGCCUCCUGCUGACCUGGAAGAAAGAGAUCUGCUGUCUUACUCUGCCUCUCUAGAAGAUGUGAAGACGGCAGUCGUUGGUUUGCUUGUCAUUUUCCAGACCAAGUUGUACAGUUUGCCUGCCAGCCAUGCCACUCGGGUCUAUGAGAUGCUUGUCCAUCACAUUCAGCUCCAUUAUAAACACAAGUACAGCCUCCCUAUUGCCAGCAGUAUUCGCCUGCAGGCAUUUGACUUCUUGCUCUCACUUCGUGCUGACUCUCUUCUCCACCGGUUGGGCCUCCCCACCAAAGAUGGCCUUGUGAGAUUCAGCCCCUACUGUCUCUGCGAUUCGGUGGAGCCCGAGAAAAAACUUGCUGGCACUCUCUCCCCUCCCUCGGGAAGUCCAAGCGUGCUCCCUCAGAACGCUCCCAUCCGUACAGGCCACUUGUCUUAUUCUCUCCUCUUUGGAGUUCUUCUGCAGUGCUUGAAGCAAGAGACAGACUGGAAGGUGCUGAAGCAGGUUCUGAACAAGUUGCCCAAAUCUCUGCAGUAUAAAGUCCUUUACUUAACCUCUCCUUGCAGUAUUGAUCAACUGUCUUCUGCUCUGUGUUCUAUGCUCACAGAUAAGAAGAUGACUGAGCGGCUGAGGGACGUCUCGGAAGGGCUGUCCCGGAAUGACUUGCACCCGGCUGUGGUUCCAGUCUUGACUGCCUUGAUCUCCUACCACAGUUACCUGGACAAAACGAAGCAGCGAGAGAUGGUUUAUUGCCUGGAGCAUGGGCUGAUCUUCCGCUGCGCCAGCCAGUGUGUGGUGGCGUUGUCGAUCUGCAGCGUCGAGAUGCCGGAUAUUAUCAUCAAAGCUUUGCCAGUCCUGAUAGUUAAGUUGACGCAUAUUUCAGCUACAGCCAACAUGGCCAUCCCACUCUUGGAAUUCCUUUCGACACUGGCCCGCCUGCCUCACCUCUACAGGAACUUUGCAGCUGAGCAGUACGCCAGCGUAUUUGCCAUCUCCCUGCCGUAUACAAACCCCUCCAAGUUCAACCAGUAUAUUGUGUGCCUGGCACAUCAUGUCAUAGCCAUGUGGUUUAUCAAAUGCCGCCUUCCCUUUCGGAAAGACUUUGUUCCCUAUAUUACUAAGGGUUUGCGGUCGAACAUCCUCCUCUCCUUUGAUGACACCCCAGAGAAAGACAGUUUCCGGGCUCGUAGUACAAGUCUGAAUGAGAGACCAAAGAAUAGCUUUAAAGUAGCCAAAAAUGCCAGGCCAAACUUGAACCACUCUCCUCCCGUGAAAGCGCUGAAGGAACCCUCAGCUGUCGAUGCCUUCCGGUCCCGCAGCAUCAGUGUGUCUGACCAUGCAGCCCACAGCCGGAUACAAACCUCCAUCACCAGUUCCAGUCUGGGGUCUGCUGAUGAGAACUCCAUGGCUCAGGCAGAUGACAACCUGAAGACCCUUCACUUGGAGCUCACGGAGACCUGCCUCGACAUGAUGGCCCGAUACGUCUUUUCAAACUUUACAGCUGUGCCCAAAAGGUCUCCAGUGGGUGAGUUCCUCUUGGCUGGAGGGAGGACCAAGACGUGGCUGGUGGGUAACAAGCUCGUUACAAUCACUACAAGUGUUGGGACAGGAACCAGGUCCCUCCUGGGCCUUGACCAUGGAGAGCUCCACAAUGGCACAGAAUCCAGUUCAGAUCACAGCUUGCAAGUGAGACAGUCGAAGGAGGCACCAGCGAAACUCGAGUCUCAGGCUGGCCCACAGGUGGUUCGAACCCGCAACCGAGUCAGGUCCAUGUCAGGAGGCCAUGCGCUGCGGGUCGGUGCUCUGGACAGCUCUGCCUCUCACUUCCCAGCCAGCACAGUGCCCCAGGCACCCCCAAGCUCUCCUGCACCUGCCGCCCAAACCGAGAAGGCCAACUUGGCUGCUUAUGUCCCCCUCCUGACUCAAGGCUGGGCAGAAAUAUUGGUGCGGAGGCCAACAGGUAACACCAGCUGGUUGAUGAGCCUGGAAAAUCCACUGAGCCCCUUUUCUUCAGAUAUCAACAACAUGCCCCUGCAGGAGCUCUCCAAUGCCCUCAUGGCAGCAGAGCGUUUCAAGGAGCAUCGUGAGACGGCCUUGUACAAGUCCCUCUCAGUCCCGUCCUCCAGCUUGUCCACAGGAACAGCCAAGCCGUCUCUCCUGCAGCGCUCCAACACAGGUGAGGCAAAGCUUGGGAGGCCUGGUGUGCCACCCCAAUGGAGCCCACAAGAAGCAAAUUCUUCCCAGCGGGGCCACGGCUGCUGUCUGGUUUCACUUCAAAGGAGUUGUCUUGCCCAGAAAAUGUUGAAGCAUCCAUCUUCCUAAAAGGAAGACAUGAUC